UGAUAUACCAUGAUAAUCUGGGACCACUGACAUAUUUCAUACAAAUUUUGAUAAAUUUUUUUUGCAAAGUAAGUUUCUGCUUGUUUUGUCACACUCAGGAUGUACGCAGAGAAAUGGCUGCCUUUGUUCCCAUCUUAUGGUCUAAGAUCAGAGUUGGAAAGCAGUCAUUUUCUGUUGUGCAAUGUGAAACGCAAACUAACGCUCUGCAUGAAGCCACUGACCACACUGACCUUGAGUCUUUGCCGCAGAAACAGGCUGUCGUAGAUGGAGCUGCAUCUGUCGAGGAAUGGGCUGAAUCGCUCGAGGAGCUGUGUGAAACUCUAACACCAAGAAAAUCCUCCUGCCUAGCAACAGAUCAACUGAGGGAGUCAGAUGAAGCACAGGAGACACAACCCAGUGACACAAUGCUCCCAUCUGACUGCAGGGGACGGCCGCUCCAUGGAAAGACCCCGCUGAGAGCAACUGGCAUAUUGGCCGACACGCAGCAGAGCAACAGUCUCCCGCAGAAACAAAGCGUGGACAGCCCACAACAAGACCUCUCACCUGUGGGUAGUGCUGUGUCAGUGCGGCCUCGUUGUGAUUUCCUGCAAGUGCAGGCUCAGGAUGUCCCAACAGAGAGUGAGGAUGACCUGGCACAACGUAGAGGCUGUGGGUCAGGGAAAAAUCAAAAGCCCUCACUUCGAGACAAAGAGCAGCCGCUGAAAGCUCGUCUACUACACAUCGCUGAGAGCAGUCAGCAAACCGAAACUCAUAUACAG